AUGCUUCGAUGUCAGGUGCAGGUUCUCCUGGUGGCUUUAUGUUCAUCUGUGCUGCUGGUGAGGGUCAGCAGUGCUCCACACUGGGACAUGCUGACAGAAACACGAAGAGCAGAGGUCACAAAUGACAAGGAUGUGACCCACUUGCUCUUGCUGAAGUUUAUGUCCGAGCUGGUCGCAGCGAGAGGAGACGAGACGCUCGGUGAGCUGGAGAAAGAGGCGGUGGGCAGGGAGGGGGCGAUGAGGCGAAACGUUCCCGUCUCCCAAAGAGAGCGCAAGGCAGGCUGCCGCAACUUCUUCUGGAAGACUUUCACCUCAUGUUAA